GGUUCCGUGAGAGCCGUUUGCCCCACCCCACCUCUUCAACGCUAUCUAUCUCAAUGUACAAUUCUCAGAGAAAAAAGGGGGCAACAAUAAUUCUGAGUAACACCGCAAAGAAACGAUUUUCAUCUCCCCGACCGGUUCAUCGGAGCGGGACGCGGGCCUCUAGGCGGUAAAAAAAAAAAAAAAAAAAAAAAAAAAAAAAGAGAGAGAGAGAGAGAGAAAGAAAAAGAAAAAAAAAUGAAUGCCUCGCCGUCGGACCAGUGAUUGAAAACACCGCGGUAUGUUCAUGUAUCAUGCACAUGUAACCAUAAUCUACCCCACGGAUUCAAAGGGAAUACAACAAGCCGAGAGACCUGACAGCGGGCUGUACCUGCGCCGAACGGGAGAAUAACGGAGGAUUCUUCCAAACCCAAUAUCACCUGGAUAUUGCGAUACAUUCAAGGACAUCCAGCUGCCACACACAGAAAAAAGAAAGAAGAAAACCGCCUUUUGCUCGCUCGGAGAGGCUCUCCGAUGUGAGGAGAAACACAAAUUAACGUUACAGAGAGGAAGAAAAGGGACGGAGAAGGGGCCUUUUUUUUUUCUCCUUUUUUUUUUGGUGGGGUUCUGGUCAAACCCCACUCCGACGAGGCUUGAGCACCACCACCAGCAGCAGCAUCUGUUGACGGGGGGAGAGAGAGAGGAAAUAAUCUUGACAUCGGCCACAAAACAGGAUAUUAUCGAUAAGGUCGCAAAACAUCAUCAUCAUCAUCAUCAUCAGCGACGACAACGAGCCUUUUUUCCUAAAGAGAAAAAAAAAGAGAAAUGUUAUAAUGUGACGGAUCUGCGAUAGAGAGGAAAAGAAAGCCCCGGUGUAAAGAAGCCUGAUGAUUCACAUGCCGUCAUUUUAAGAGGAAAUAUAUAUUUUUUAAAAUUAUUUUUUGCUCUUCUUCUUCUUCUUCUUCUUCUUACUCUUCUUCUUCUUCUUCUCACCCGCCCCUCUGAUGUGCUUUGGUGGAGCUGGAGAGCGGAUUUCAGCAACCUUGUAGUAGUAGUAAUAAUAAUAAUAAUAAUAAUAAUAAUAAUAAUAAUAAUAAUAAUAAUAACCUAAAAGUAUCAUAUUUACGAGGAGGAGGAGGAAGAAGAAGAGGAAGAAGAAGAGGGUUGUGAGUGGAGAUGAAUUGAAUGGCAGUGUGAGAUAUCUGCCGAAGAUGGGCUCCGGAGGAGACGUUUGCUGAGAACAGUUCAACAUAAAAAAAGCGUGAAAAUAAUAUCUUUUUAAAAAAAAGAAAAUUGCAUUAAAUGUUGUUGUUUGGUUUGGUUUAAACGCAACACAUCCAAAGGGGGGAGAGAGAGAGAGGACCACUGUACGUUUUGCAAGGCUGGAGAUUUCACAUUCAGUCUCAUAUCAAUGUUGAUGACUUCAUUGCGGAUUUACAGUGAAAAACACAAGAAUCGAGCGUCUGAGAGGGCGGCAUCGUAGCUCUGCUCCUCUACCUUUUUGUUUGUUGGUUGGUUUUUUUUGUUUGUUUGUUUUUAUGUUGUGGAGAAAUCACCAGUAAAUAGCCACAUCCAUCCAUCCAUACAGAAUUGUGCCAAAGCCCCGGUGGAGCCCCACCGUCUACUACCUGACAGUUCAACAUCUGUUUGCAACUGCAUCUGGCAACAUAAAUGUCACCUAUUUUGAGCCAGGUGUUCCUCUGUUGGGCCAGUCUUGGAAUUUAGGAUUGAUUUUUUUUUUUUUUUUUGUACUUCUGAUCAACACCCUCCCUUCCUCCCUCACUACCAACCACCCAUUCAACCCUGCCUCCCCCCUGAACCUGAAUCACUGGGGGUUUUUUUGUGUAUUUUUGGGGGGGAAGAUGGGCUGUCUUGGUAAUAGUAAGACUGAAGACCAACGAAAUGAGGAGAAGGCACAGAGGGAGGCCAACAAGAAGAUAGAGAAGCAGCUCCAAAAAGACAAACAGAUAUACCGGGCCACUCACCGGCUACUACUACUAGGGGCCGGUGAAUCCGGGAAAAGCACGAUAGUCAAACAGAUGCGAAUAUUGCACGUAAAUGGCUUCAACGCAGAGGAGAAAAAGCAGAAAAUUCACGAUAUUAAAAACAACAUUAAAGAAGCUAUAGAGACGAUUGUGGCAGCCAUGAAUACACUCACACCGCCAUGCCAGUUAGCCAUUCCUGCAAACCGAUGCCGAAUCGAGUACGUCAUGAACAUAGUAAACCAGAAGGAUUUCGAGUUUCCUUCGGAGUUUUACGACCAUGCAAGGAUCCUCUGGCAGGACGAGGGUGUGCGCUCCUGUUGGGAAAGGUCCAACGAAUAUCAACUCAUCGACUGUGCACAGUACUUCUUAGACAGGAUUGAGGUGGUCAGGCAGAACGACUACACACCCACCGAUCAGGACCUGUUGAGAUGCAGAGUACUGACGUCUGGGAUCUUCGAGACAAGAUUUCAAAUAGACAAAGUCAAUUUCCAUAUGUUCGAUGUUGGCGGUCAGAGGGAUGAGCGUCGAAAAUGGAUCCAGUGUUUUAACGAUGUGACAGCUAUCAUCUUCGUGGUGGCGAGUAGCAGCUACAACAUGGUGAUCAGAGAAGACAAUCAGACCAACAGACUACAGGAAGCCCUCAACCUUUUCAAGAACAUUUGGAACAACAGGUGGCUACGGACCAUUUCGGUAAUCCUCUUCCUGAACAAGCAGGACCUGCUCGCUGAGAAGGUUUUGGCAGGGAAAUCUAAAAUCGAGGACUACUUCCCGGAGUUUGCACGCUACACUACACCUGAUGAUGCAAUACCAGAGCCAGGUGAAGAUCCUCGUGUCACAAGGGCAAAGUACUUCAUUCGGGAUGAGUUUCUGAGGAUCAGCACAGCCAGUGGGGACGGGCGGCAUUACUGUUACCCCCACUUCACCUGCGCGGUCGACACGGAAAACAUCCGGCGCGUCUUCAAUGACUGUCGCGACAUCAUACAGAGGAUGCACCUACGGCAGUACGAGCUCUUGUGAUGGGCGGCACCAUCCGGUCUACGUAUCUACCUACCAACUGACCUAUCUACCCCCCUCAACCCCCACGACCAGUUAGCCGAUCACCCCCUCUACUUCCACCAACUUCACCAAACAACUGAGCGAGCGACUGACUUUCUGCCCUCCCCUCCAGCCCCCCCAUACAGCUCCUACUCCUCCCAGUAACACGAUUUCAGAAAAUAUGAACAGUGGAAAAGACUUUUUUUUUUCCAAAAGGAUACACCAACAACCGUUUCAUCAACUAUUAGCCAAGACUGUCUGCUGUACUCAGCUAUACUUUGACCCAGGAAAGAGGGUCAGGACUGGAAACCCCUCAGAGCAGGCUAUCCCUCCUUUUAGCUCUCUUUCUCUCUCUCAGAUAUAUGAACACGCACACAUUUGCAGGUACACACACACACACACACACACACACACACACACACACACACACACACACACACACACUACAGCAUAAGACAUCCAGAACCCUUAGAUAGGUUUUAAUGUCUCAUAUCGCAGACACAUGCGCGCACCCGAGCACACACACACACACACACACACACACACCCAUUUAAAACCAAGUCCUCAUGCUCUUAACAGUUGGCAGAGGCUGAAUUGAAUAAUGCAUUUUGAGAGAGGGGAGUUUAUUCACCGCGUGCUGAAGACGAAGGAGGAGGAGGUUGAGGAGAAGAAGAUGAGAACGAUGGACAUGGAGGGUGGCAAACUGAUACGGAGGAGGGCUGUGAGCCUUUUUUUUUUUUUUCUUUUGUGCCCGAACAGACGGACUAAUUGACUAACGGCUGCCUGUGGACGUGAGCGUGACUUGAACAUAAGACCACGUGGCUCACAUGACCCGCUCUUCAAGAAACCAAUCGAGGAGGGACGGCAGAAAAAAAACAGAAAAAAGGACAAAAAAAAACAAAACAAGAAAAAUAUCAUACAAUGCAUAAAUUCAUGCAUACCAGUGAACUUAAUGCAGUGCAAAAAAUCCAAGCUAUAUAUAUAGAUAUUUAUAUAUGUGUGUAUAUAAAUAUGUAUAUAUAUAUAAAUAUAAAUAUUAUAUAUUCCUGUAAUAACACAAUUCAACUUUUAAGUUUUUGUUAGUUUUUACCCCAUGUUGUGUGUUGGUGUACACUGUGUGUGUGAUCUGCCUUUGUGCACCAUUUAAACCCCUUCCUGCCUAAACACGCACACACACACACACACAUAAACACAUAUCUACAUAUACACACUCACAUACACACAUCCUCGCCCCCUUCCCACGCCCCUGCUGCUAUUUGACAACUAUUCAACAUAUGGAAAAUAAAGGAGAGGUUUUAUUUAAUAAGAAAAAAAAAACGAUGCAAAAGGAAAGCAUGAAGUAAAAGAAAUGACUUAUCAAGACUGGACGCAACAUUUUUACCUGAACACACACACACACACACACACACACACACACACACACACACACACAUGCACGCACGCGCGCUCCAGCCCUCCCUUACCACACAACGUCCCCUCCCUCCUCCACCUUUCGUCUUACUCUCUCACCCCCUCCCAGUCCCACCUCUUCCUCCUCCCCUCCCGGCUUUAAGUACGUCUGUCUUUAUUUUACUGCUGGACUAUUAUUCUUGUACAGACUGUAAAAUGUAUUAUUUUGUACAACUUUAUUGAAGAAAAAAAAAUAACUUGUAGAAGAUCCCUGUGCCUUGAUCACGACUGUACGUGUAAAAAUGAGCUAAUAUGUAAGUUAUGUUUCACUGCGCUGUACAGCUGGACGGGUCUGUGUCCCACCUCGUCCGUGCUAGCUCACCCCCUCCGCCGGAGGCCGGGGUGGGAGGGGUGUCGGAUCGGGGGCCGAGGCCUUUCGUCUGUUGCUUAGUUUCCAUUUUUUCCCCACAUUUGUUUGUUCGUUGAUUCAUUUGUUUUGCUUUGACUCUCCUCUGGUUUAUAUAAUAGGAUUUGAAAAAAGAAAAAUGAAGAAAAAAAAAAGAUAAUCAGACACACCACCUUAAUGCUGUGUAGUGAAAGAUACUGAACCCUAACACAAUUUAAUAUAUAUAAAAUAUAUUUCAGAUUUUAUAUUUUAUAUAUAUGUACUGUACACUUAUAUAUAUCUCCCUUGUGAGCUGUC